AUGACCCAGCUGCCGGGCAGCAGCCAGGGUUUCAGCGAGACGUUUCCAGGCCUCCGAGGCCAUAAAGGAGUCCAAGGAUCAGGGAGACGCAGACGGGAACAAAAAGCCUGGAGCAGCAGCAGCGGCCGUCCAGUCGUCUCCACCUGCAGAGCUGCACCACCGCUCCCUCAGACCACAGAGUUUGAGGACGGCAGCAGGACCCAGAGCAGCUCCAUCGGGGCCCUGCGCUGGACCCUGCCCGAGGAGGACGUCCAGGCCCACAGCUCGGCCCCCAGCAGACACGCCCGCCCCAACAACCUCACCAAGCGCGCACAGCAUCAGCAUCCUCGUCAGAAGGGCCUGAAGGAUCUGCGCAGCCUGCAGGAGUGCGUGUCGUUCGUCCAACACUGGAAAGAGCAAGUUGACCAAGUGUGCAAGGGCGGAUGGGAUGCAGAGGAAGGCCCCAGUAAGAAAGAAGCAAAAAGUUCAGACCCGCGUACCGAGAAAAGUCUGGAGGAGAGCAGGAAACUGAUCCUGGAGUGGGCCGACGAACUCCGUCAUGUCGACAAGCUCCUGACAGAGAGCUCCUGGGCGUCUGAGUGUCAGGAAAAUAAAGAGGACAAGGACGCAAAUGAGGAAGCCCAUGGUAGGAUCAUGGAGUGGGCGAAGGAGCUGCAGAAAGCAACUGAGAGCUGCGGCGUUCAGAGCGAGGACCUGGGCAAAGUGCUGCGUCUGUUGGGCCUGAAGAAGAAGCGGCUGGUCAAGCUGAUGCCUCUGCUGGAGUUCAUCACCUGGUCUCUGCUGAAGGAAGACAGCACGAGGAUGAUUCCACAAGUGUGGUUACUCGCGAAGCAAAAGACCUGGAUAGCAGGAAUUCCAAGAUAUAUCCCCAACUCAGUUUGGAGUUGGAUCUGCAGUGCCUCAGCCGAUGUGAUUCUUGACCCCAUGACCAGCCACCCGUGGCUGCUGGUGUCAGAAGACCAGCGCAUGGUGCAGGAGGGCCACACGCCAUCUGAGCUCCCCGACAACCCCCAGCGCUUCGACAGCUGGCCGUGCGUGCUGGCUUGGGAGGGCUACAGCAGCGGGCGCCACUACUGGGAGGUGGACAUAGCCAACCACGGCUACUGGCGCGUUGGACUGACCACCAGCGUCUCCAAGCGGAAGGGGCGCUUCCCGAUGAACCCCAAGCAGGGCUUCUGGACCCUGUGGCGCAGCACACACGACUUCUACGCCUGCACUAAGCCGGAGACGGCGCUGCCGGUCGGCCUUGUGCCUCAGCGUAUGGGGAUCUACUUAGACUACGAAGAAGGACAGAUCUCCUUCUACAACGCAGAAACAAAGUCCCACAUCUACACCUUCACUGGAACCUUCAGGGAGACGCUGUACCCUCUGUUUGCUCCGCUGGAUGGUCGCACGCUCAUGAGAAUCAUGCCCCCACACGAGAUCUCAAACUGA